AAUGAGACUCGAACCGACGUCUCCGGCGUGGGAGGCAGGUGUGCUAACAAGGAGGCUAAAGGCUACGGCCUCUAGCGUAGGACGCUAGUGCACCUCUUGAGGUCAGGAGAGUGAGGUUUAUACACAUUGCACAGCUAUCUACCAGCUGGCCACUGUUACACUCACCCCCUAAACCUCACUCCCAUCCGGGUCACGGCACCAUUGUAACCGGUAAUGCUCGCCCUGCUCCAAACGGGACUCAAACCGACGUCUCCGGUGUGGGAGGCGGGUGCGCUAACAAGGAAGCUAAAGGCUACAGCCUCUAGCGUCAGUCGCUAGUGCACCUCUUGAGGUCAGGAGAGUGAGGUUUAUACACAUUGCACAGCUAUCUAUCAGCCGGCUCCCGUUACACAGAGGCAACAGAGAUUCGUCCUCCGCCACCCGGAUUGAGGCACUACGCCACCACGAGGACUUAGAGCGCAUCGGGAAUUGGGCGUUCCAAAUUGGGCAGUUCCAAAAGGCAACUUUUGGCACCGCUAACUCCAGUGCAUCGGCACUACCCAUAGUUAAGAUCUCUUCUGAGACUCUAGGGUCUUUUUAAGACAGGAGACAUUCUGCAAAAGUUUUCAUUUGUUCUCCAUUUAAUCUUAUGAGUGUCAAGGAAAAGCAACUGAGACAUUGUUAACACCUCACUCACCAUUGGUUAAAAUAGUCCUGGAGCGCAUUAAGGUAAACAGAUUUGGUGUGCUGUCUAUAACCGAGGGGCUCGAGCACAGGACUGGGGUUGAGCUCUGAGCAUGUAGUUAAAAUAGUUUAAAACACCUUAUUUAGGUUUUUUUUGGCUUACUAUAUGGCAUGCAUGGUCUGCAAAUCUGGGACACACAACUGUCCUCGAGUGUUUUUCUUUCUCUCUCUUUCUCUCAGUCUCCUCCCCUUAAACAUGCUCCUUUUUUUUCGGUGGGGUUUGUCUUCACUCACUCUUGGAGGGGGAUGUCAGAGAACUUCCAUUCCACUGGACUCAAUCCCGGUUACAUCUGUCGUCCGCGCCAUCUUCGUUGAUUCCAUCACCGGCACAUUCCAGAGGACUCCAAACAAUUGGGGCAACUCGUUUUCAAAGACGAUCUGACGAAUCCCAGCUGACCAGUUUCCUCUUUGUUUCUAAGUCUUGUUUGAACUUUCCAUUUGAAGAAGGAACCAUCUACAACUCCAAGCUCCUGAUCUUCCAAACUUAAAUAUCCCUGUAGAAGAUCCUUGUUGAACAUGCAGAUUUUGAGGGUUCCUCUGUUACCAACCUUGUUUGUUCUAUGCUGGAUUUUGUCGCUUGUUAUUCACGUUGACUCCGUUGGUGCUGACAAGUCCAACCAGAAAACCAGGAGCAUCCAUAUGAAGGAAAACAGCGAUGUUAGUUCAAAAAGAGAAGAAAUACAGGAUGGAUUUUCAGAAGACACUCAGAUGGACGAGCCUGAUGCAGAAGACAAACCGAAGGACAAAAAGACCCCUGAAGAGUUAUUAGCUGCCAAAGAAAAGAUGGCGUCUGAGAAGGCAGCCAAAGCCAUGAAACACAAACUCACCAAAAAACCAAAACCAACAAAGAAACCCAAACCACCAAAACCCACCAAGAAACCAAAGGCACCAAAAACCACCACAACUCCAAAGACCAGAGAAACCACAACAACCAGAAAGACAACCAUGGAGGAAGAGGAGGAGAAAAUCCUGUUAGAACUGGGAUGGGACGUGUUAGUUCCAAGAGUGUCACCAAAAAAGACAGAAAUCAAGAAGCCCAUUGAGGCGGAUCAUGUAAAUGUCUACAGCAAGAAAGAGGCCACAAGACCACCUUUAAUUAAAGAGUACGACCCGGAUUACUGGGAUGCAAGAUAUGAAGUUACAGACCGGGAUCUCAUACCGAAUGUCAAAGAGCCCUCCAAUACAGAUGACCCAAGUAUGUACCUACCCAUCCCAGAGGAAACCUCCAUUUCCCCUCCAACAGUUGCACCCUGGUAUGAGGAAUAUGAUUAUUCAGAUUUGGCUGCAAAGAAGUUGGAGGAAGAGCUGGAAAAAGCAAGAAAGGCCAAAGAGGAGAAGGCGGAAAAACUCCGGAAGAUUUGGGAAGAGGAGGAAGAGGAGAGGAGACAGCAAACAGCUCUUCAUGCAGAGCCAAAGAAGUGUCCUCCGCUUGGCAUGGAGUCUCAUCGAGUAGAAGAUGAUCAGAUCUUGGCGUCUUCUAUGUCUCAUCAUGGAUAUUCUGCUCUUAGAGGACGCCUGAACAUGCAGUGUUCCGAUGAUGAGGAGGAUGUUUAUGGUGGAGCGUGGUGUGCCGACACAGAAGAGAAGGAGCACUGGUUUCAACUGGAUGCCCGUCGAGAGGUCGAGUUCACUGGCGUCAUCACACAAGGCAGAAACACCAAAUCAAAUAAUGACUUCGUAUCGUCAUAUUUCGUGGCCUUCAGUAACGACAGUCGUGAUUGGACGUUGCUGCAUGACGGUUACGCUGAGUGGCUCUUUUAUGGCAAUGUGGAUAAGGACACUCCGGUGAUGGCUGAAUUCUCAUUUCCUGUGGUGGCGCGUUACAUCCGUAUUCUCCCUCAGAGCUGGAACGGCAGUUUGUGCAUGAGACUGGAGGUGCUUGGCUGCCCGUUACCAACUAGUUAUCUGACAGAGAACGAUGUACCGCCUACUGACGACCUCGAUUACAGACAUCACAACUACAAAGAGAUGCGUCAGAUGAUGAAGGUUAUAAAUGAAGAAUGCCCAAACAUCACCAGAAUAUAUAACAUCGGCAAAAGCUCUCAAGGGCUGAAGAUGUACGCCAUGGAGAUCUCCGACAACCCUGGAGAACACGAGACAGGUGAGCCAGAAUUCCGUUACACCGCGGGGCUUCAUGGGAAUGAGGUGCUGGGUCGAGAACUUUUGCUCCUGCUCAUGCAGUUCCUGUGUAAGGAAUACAAUGACAACAAUCCGCGAGUGCACCAUCUUGUGGAAGGAGUUCGCAUACACCUAGUGCCGUCGCUGAACCCUGAUGCCUACGAGCUGGCCUUUGAAAUGGGCUCUGAAAUGGGCAACUGGGCUUUGGGCCACUGGACAGAGGAGGGCUACGACAUCUUUCAGAGCUUCCCAGACCUGAACAGUGUUCUGUGGGAUGCCGAGGACAGGGGAUGGGUGCCACGGAUCAUUCCGAAUCACCACAUUCCCAUUCCUGAGAAUUUCCUUAAUGGUUCUGUUGCUGUUGAAACAAAAGCCAUCAUCACUUGGAUGGAGAGGACGCCGUUUGUUCUGGGUGCCAAUCUACAGGGUGGCGAGAAGAUCGUUGCGUACCCCUUCGACAUGCAGCGUCCGCCACGAGAGAUGGGCACGGAUGGCAGGGGAGGUCAGCCCGUGCCUGAGUAUCACCAGAUGAACGAGGAAACAUGGGCGAGGAUUCAACGACAGAAUGAGGGAGCUCUCCGUGAGACAGCAGACGAAAACUUGUUCCGCUGGCUGGCCAUGACGUACGCCCACAGUCACCUGACCAUGACGGAGACCCACCGCGGUUCCUGUCACACUGAUGACAUCACAGGCGGCCAGGGCAUCAUCAACGGUGCCAGCUGGAAACCCGUUGUGGGCAGCAUGAACGACUUCAGCUACCUGCACACAAACUGCUUUGAGAUUUCUAUCUUUCUUGGGUGUGACAAAUUUCCUCACGAGAGCGAGUUGGCGACGGAGUGGGAAAACAACCGAGAGGCUUUACUGGCGUUCAUUGAGCAGGUCCAUCGCGGGAUUAAAGGAGUUGUAAGAGACAUUGAUGGGAAUCUUCUAGCAAAUGCAACAGUUUCUGUGGAGGGCAUCAAACAUGAUGUCAAAACAGCUGCCAAUGGCGAUUACUGGCGUCUUCUGAACCCAGGCGAGUAUCGCGUGACGGCGAGAGUGGACGGGUAUUCAUCGCAGACGCGACUUUGCAUCGUGGGCUAUGAUGCCAGCGCGACUCCCUGCAGCUUCGCUCUAACUAAAAUCAUAGCACAGACUGGGAAGAGACCAAGAAUCCCUACCAACACCACUGGCAGCAAAAACACAGGGCCCACCACUGUCCCGCAGAACGAUCGUCUGCGCCGCCUGCGACUGCUGCGUCUGCGCAAACUACGAAUGGAGAAGAUGAAAGGCGGUACCUCAAUGAAAACUACAACCACCACUGUGCCCCCCACCACAGCAAUGCAAACAGACACUACAACCUCAUGGUUUGACACAUGGUUUGAGGUGGACAGUACUACAACCAGUCAAGACUAUAACUUUGAGUACAGAAUUGAUGAUUACUAAAGAAAUUAAAUUGCAGGAAAUAUUGUCCUUAUCACAGGUAUUUUAGCUCAAUCGACAUCAUUUGUGGCAUAAUGUUGAUCACCAUAAAAAUUAGUUUCGACUUGUCACAUUUUUUCUUUAAAAAGGACAAAUCUCUAUUCCAGUUAGACACUUACAAUGGAAGUCAAUGGGGCCAAUUUGUGGAGGGUUUAAAUGGAGAAAUGUGAAGCAUAACAUUUUAUAAAAGCACAUUACAUCCUCUGUUAAAACUCAUGUAUUAUUUGAGCUGUAAAGUUGUUUAAAUUGUCAUUUUUUACAGUUGUUUUAGGAUUUUAAGGGGUUUAUUGACAUUAUAUCAUCAUGGCACCGAAGUUGUUUACGGAUUGGGGCCCAUUCACUUCCAUUGUAAGUGCCUCAUUGUAACAGAUUUUUCCCUUUUGUUUUUUCUAAAUAAUUGUUUUUGUGGUAAUCAAUACUAUGCCAGAAAUGUGGUCAAUUGAGCUUAACUUGUAUUGAACCCGGAAUAUUCCUUAAAAUGUGUAAGCUUUCAGGGAAUCAAAACACAACAUGCACUCUGUGGAACACAGAAGAAAAUAUAAUUGUUAUUUAAUUCAGCGUAUCUUGUGUAAACAAUCACAAGAAUGGGGUGUUACUAUUAAAAUAUGGCAAAUAUUUUGCCAUUUCUAAAUCAAAUAUCUGAGCUGCCCUCACAUGACAUGCUUGUGUUCUGAUAUUAUGUGCUCGUAUUUUCAAAUAAAAUUAAAUAUAAUGUUAUACAAUAAAUGUGAGCAUUAUUUAGUCUUGUGUGUAAUAUAAGCAGUGUUUACAAGGAAUUAUGUAUUUCUGUGUAUAUACUGUAUACACACAUAUGUAUAUAUAUAUAGAGAGAGAGAGAGAGAGAGAUGUAUAUUUAUAGAAAAUUUGUUUUCAUGCUUCAAUUUCUUAUUUCAUUUAGUUUCAUAAAACUGUUUUGCAAAUGUCUACCUUUAGCUACAAGCUGUCAUAUGAACAACCUGCAAUGGCUUAUUUUCAUUUCACAAAAACUAUUCAAAAUUGGGGAGGAGAAUUGAUAGUAAAAAAUAACUUAAAUAUUGAUCUAUUUCUCACCUACACCUAUAAUUUUUCUUCUGAAGACGUGAAUUAAACCACUGGAGCGUCGUACUUUCAUGAUGCCAUUUUGUGCAUUUUGGAGCUUCAAAAUUUUGGUCAACAUUCACUUGCAUUGUAUGGACAUACAGAGCUGAAAUAUUCAGCUUUUAGCAGAUGUAUAAUUUGGUAACAUUAUGAACAAUGAGCAUCAACAGGUUUAAACUAUGAAGACAGAGAAACUUUGCAUCCUGCAACAAUCUGCAGAUGUCGCUAUUGGAUACUUUUGCCUUAAAAAGGGGUAUUAAUACACUUUGGUGUUGUAUUUUUAAUGUUGAUUAUUAAAGGUUAAGCCCACUCUA